CGGGGCGCGACACGGAGCGCGGGAAGGACGAAAAUGGCGGCGGCGAACGGGGGAUGGGGAGGGGCCGCCGAGCUGUGAUUCCUGCAGAGCUUCCCCUGGCGCUGUCCCCUGCCUGCAGCCCAGGACACUGACUCCCUGAGGGACCCUCCUGCAGCGCUGGGAGCUCCCAGGCCGCUUUUGGGGUGUCUGCAGGGGGAUCCCAGCAUGGAAGAGGUGGAUUCCCGCUUCCAGCACCUGCUGCAGCCCAUCCGGGACCUCACCAAGAACUGGGAGGUGGACGUGGCUGCCCAGCUCGGGGAGUACCUGGAGGAGCUGGACCAGAUCUGCAUUUCCUUCAACAACGGCAAAACCACCAUGAACUUCAUGCAGGCAGCGCUGCUCAUCCAGGGCUCUGCCUGCAUCUACAGCAGGAAGGUGGAACACCUGUACAUGCUGGUCUGCCAGACACUGGACUGCAUCUCCAAGAAAAAGAGGGAGAGGCUGCCCACUUCCCUGGGCCCCGACGGCCGCGAUGCCGACGCCACCUUCACGGAGAAGGAGGAGGAGUUCCUGUCCCUGGAUGACAUCCCAGAAACCAGCCAGGCCAGCGUGGACAUGAGGAGGGAUCAGCAGCCUGCUGCCGUGAACAUCAUUCCUCUGACCCCGAUGUCCCUGGUGCCCCCGGAAGAGGGGGAGAAGAAGGAAAACCCCCUCCUGAGCCGGCGCGGCGAGGUGCUGGCCAGCCGCAGGGAUUUCCGCAUGAACACCUCCACCCCCCACGCCUCCGGCGCCUUCCUGCUGGAGCUGGCCGGGCUCUCCCCCACCCACCCGCAGCAGGAGCAGCGCCUGGGGACAGCCACAGCAGCGGCUCCGGGAUCCAGCCCCGCGGAGUGUCCGAGCGCUGGCACGGCCCUGGUGCGGGCACUGAGCUUCUGCGAGGAGACAGAUGAUGCAGGACCUGAUGAUGACAACGUUCCUGGGGCCCCCUUGGGGGAUGACAUGGAAGUGACCCCCGUCCCUAACGAACACAUCGUGGCUCAGAGGAGCACGCCCCGGACCCGGGGGUACAUCCUGCGGGAGAGACCCCCCAGCCAGGACCCCAAAGCCCUCAGCAAGGAGGAGCCCAAUCCAUGGCAGAGCCUCCACCCCUUCGGAGACUCCGAGGAGAAGCCCUUCAGGAAAGGGAGGCCCUUCCUGGUGCCACACGGCCUGGAUGAUGUGGUUGGAGGCAAGAGGAAGAGGAGGGGCCCAAGGAAGCUCCAGGAUUUCACGAGAUGGUUCUCUGCAGCCUACAACAAUGUCACGGAGGGCCGGAGAAGCAGGAGAAAGGGCCCCACCUUUGUAGACCUGGAGGUGCUGUACUGGCGGCAGUUCAAGGAGCGGCUGGCGGCGCACAGGAAGCUCCAGAGACAGGGGGUGAGUGGGGUGCGGGCUAAACUGGGGAGCCAGCGGGGCUCCAGCACCCCCUUGCCACUCUGGGGGUGCUCAGGGGGGGCUCAGGGCUGUUCCUCCCCCCAGGAGCUGCUGAGGGAGCUGGAGCCAGAGCUGGAGCAGGAGCGCGGCGUCGACAACGGGGAUGAUGAUGAUUUUGUGGAGCACGAGGACAUAGAGCCUGAGGCGCCAGAGGAGCUGGAGGAAGGAAACCUGGACCCCCCUGAACCUGGCUACGAGGAGCUGGUGCGCAGGAACGUGGAGCUGUUCAUGGCCAGCUCCCAGAAGUUUGCUCAGGAGACGGAGCUGUCGCAGCGCAUCCGGCAGUGGGAGGAGCGCAUGGAGCCGCUGCUGCAGGAGCAGGAGAGCCGUGUCCCCUUCAAUGUCCGCGCCUAUGGGCUGGCACUGACCGCCAGCUGCACGGGGCUGGGCCGGUGGCACUCUCUGGCCAGCCUGGUGGCCGGGCAGCCCCCGUUCGAGGUGUGCCGCUACCUGCUGGCCUCGCUGCAGCUGGCCAACGACGCGGAGGUGGAGCUGGCGCAGGAGCCGGGGCUGGAGGCGGCGCUGGACACGGCGCGGCUGCGGCUGCUCCCGGCCCGCCCGGCGCACGAGAGGUUCCAGCACUUCCAGCUGCCCUCCCAGAGAGACCCCGGCCCCCAAUAAACCCCCCCACUUUGC